AUGCAGAUGUCAACGAAUCAGAGUGGCAAAAUAUGUCAUCGUCAAUUGAUGGAUGAGAAUGGACCAUGUCUUCGGUCACUAGCCAACACACGCAGGCACUCAAUACCAGAUGGCUCAGAACAAAAUGAAUUUAUAGCUAGGAUUCAUCCUAGAGAGAUUCCUUCUGGCGGAUUCGUCUGUUAUGCUUGCUAUGUAGCAGCGUGUAGAAAUGUGCAAAGAACUACCAAUGUUGAGGAAGGGCAGCAAAAUCCAGGACCUUCGGAUAUAGUUGCACAAAUAAUUUAUCCCAUUGAGUUACCAAAACACACCCACUUAUGUGUUGAUUGCUGGGUACAUAAACAAGAAUAUGUGCAAAUUGCUGAAGGCAGGGCAGUGCAACCUGAAAAACCAAAACCUUCGAUAAGCCUGGUAGAUGAUUAUAAGCAUACAUACACCAAAUUUUAG